AUAGUGGUGGUCGGUGACGAAUAGUUGCUUUAGAGGCCGGUAUUUCCGCGUUUAUUCGAGGAAGUUUUGGGUGCUAUAUUGCUGGCAUAAAUAUGAAGUGUUUUUUCGAUUUUGAUUAAAAAUGAGGCUGCUUGUGUCACACUUUCAAUGAUGAUGGAGAACGAAAUCAAUACCUGUCGGAGCGGCAGUAGUAGCAGUAGCAGUAGUAGUACCAAUAGUACUAAUGGUGAUAGUGAUAAAGGCUCUUGCAGUUCCAGUGAGAAGGAUGUUGAAAGUGAAAAUGACAAGGAUGUAGAAGUCAACGAAACAGUAGCCAACAAUGUAUUAAAUAGGUCGAAGAGCAAAAGUGGGCAACCUACUGUCAGUGGCAGCGGAAAUGAAGAGAAUAAAGAGGUCAAAGUUGUGGCACCGAAAAUCAUCGAAGGGAAUGUUGGGCCCCUUACAGCCACGGUGAAAUUCAUUAAUCCUUUCAAAAAUAAUUGGAUCAACGCUGAUCGUUUGAAUGAACUUAGGAAGAGAGUGCACGAUGCCACGAAGCAUCACCGGGUGUUUUUAUUACGUGGUUCGUUUCACACAGUUCGACGUGCCUUAGUCGAGCGAGGUUGGGUGGAAAAGCUAGACGGUUCUCGUGCAAAACCGCAAGCUACCACCUCGUCAUCGGGUUUCAUUUUGGAAGAUCUGGUUCAGCAGCUCCCGGAACGUAAACCGGGUGAAUCUCGCAAAAACCACAUCUCAAAAUGUGAACGCAGCAUCAUGUCUCGUUUUCUAGAACACACCCCAAUCGACCUUCUUUGGACAGCUCGUAGGGAGAAAACCGACUGGCUAGAGAUGACUAAAAAUUCUACGCUGAUUAUCAAUCGCUUCAGUAAGGCAUCGUUUACGACUAAAGAAGGUCUCUGCUCAGCCCUCCAUGACUUCCACUGGUUCUACGAGGAAGGAAUGUCGGAAACGUAUUUUCCUCGCUGCUACAAUGUGUGGAACCCGGAGGAACUGAACGAGUUUAUCGACAAUUUUCGCCUUACCGCUUCGAUGGGUCUUCUUAAAUGGUUGAUUGAAACCCACGCCAGAGAGGGAAUGGAAGCGAUUCUUUCCGAUGAAGGAAAGGUUCCGGGGUCCUGCUUGCAUUUUGCACUGUCCCGUUGCAAAGAGUAUCUGGACUACUGUCUGCAUAAUGACAUUGAUGUCGAAGAGGAUAUCAAGAUUUGGGACCACGAUUGGGAUGUGUUUCUUACGCAUCAUUUUCUGCUGACGCAUGAGAAUGGAAGAGUUCAGCUGAUGCAGGACGAGGGUACUGCGAACUCGAUAGAAAAUUACGUGGCCGAUGCGAGAUCCGUACUAGAACAGUUAAAAAAUCACUGGCCGCAGUACUCGCUGGAUGGAUACUUAAAUAUUUGGAUAGUCAAACCCGGAAACAAGUGUCGUGGUAGAGGAAUUCACUUGAUGAAUAAUAUCAAGCAGAUUAUAACGAUGGUGAACCCGCCGAUUGUCAGCAAAACGAGAUAUGUGAUACAAAAAUAUAUAGAACGACCCCUCAUCAUCCACAACACCAAGUUUGACAUCCGACAGUGGUUUAUGAUUACCAGCGUGCAGCCGCUGAUCAUAUGGUUCUACAAGGAAAGCUACCUCCGAUUCAGCUCGCAACAGUACAAUCUAAUGAAUUACCAUGAAUCGGUACAUUUGACUAAUCAUGCCAUCCAGAAGAAGUACCAUAAUGCGGUCCGCGAUGAGCGGUUGCCACACGAAAACAUGUGGGACUGUCACACGUUCCAGGCGUACCUACGCCAGAUCGGAAAGUACGAGAUGUGGUCCGAGCGGAUCUAUCCGGGGAUGCAGAAGGCAAUCAUUGGCUCGCUGUUGGCUUGCCAGGACAAUAUGGAUCGAAGGCAGAACACGUUCGAGCUGUACGGAGCGGAUUUCAUGAUUACGGAGGACUUUUAUCCGUGGUUAAUUGAGAUAAAUUCGAGCCCGGACUUGGCACCCAGUACGAGCGUCACCGCACGGCUCUGUCCGCAGUGCGUGGAGGAUACGAUAAGAGUCGUAAUCGAUCGCCGGCAUGACCCAAAUGCAAACACCGGAUCAUUUGAGAUGAUCUACAAACAGGUGAUUCCAAAAACACCAGCCUACAUGGGAUUGAACCUACAGUUGCGCGGUCAUCGCAUAAUACCGAAAAGUGCAGCCAAAAAGGAUCGUCUACGCAUCCUGCCCGUUAGGCCUGUACAUAGCGUUCUACACGUAUCACGAAUUGCUACAUCGGCUGCACCAAAACCUACCACCGGCCCCGUAAUAAUGGAUCUCCUCGAUUGUCUAAGGUUCGAUUCGAAGGAACAAGACGAAGUCGAAGCAAAUGCCCGAACUACUCUUUUUCGAAAAUCCGGAUUCUCACCGAGGCCCAAUCUGCGGUAUGAUUUUUCUAAGAAAAAAUCCUACAUAAUUGCUAAAACGGGCGGUUUCUUCCGCAGAAACGGCUACCCUAAGUACCUGACGGAGAAUGAAACUUACAUUGACAAUAUUGAAGACUGGGAACGAGCCACGACCAGCUUCUUCCAAAAUAACUACUCCAGCACUUUGAACUCGUUUAACGUGACUCGUAACAAUCUGACUAAUGCCGAAACAUCAUCGAGUGAUAGUUGUAAUAACCUAAAGUACUGCCCUAAAACUGCCCCCAACACUUGUGAUAAUACAUUAGAAACUGCAAAUGUCAAGAAUGAGCGAAAUAAUGCCACGAAUGAAACUACUGCCGGUUACAGUAGAUAUAGUAGAUUAAUCCCUAAUAGCAAUAGAAUGGCACUGGCGUCGACUUUAAACAACUUCUACACCCUCGGAUUAAGCCUCCGGAAACAUACGGCGACUAGGAGUCCCGGCCCUUCUCGAUCGAGUGGCGACUUUGCACAAUCAUCUGACAAUUUAGUGUAACUAGGAAUCAUUGUUAAAA